AUGUUAGGAGCAGUGGGACGCUGUUGCACCGGGGCCCUGCAGGCUCUCAAGCCUGGGGUUCAGCCCCUAAAGUCCCUUGUUGGAUUACCGGCCGUCCUUUCACGCAGAGACUAUGUUGCUCCUGUCGCUGCUGCUGCCAGCGCUCCGUCUGGACGCAUCGUGGCUGUCAUCGGUGCUGUGGUCGACGUCCAGUUUGACGAGGGCCUUCCACCCAUUCUCAAUGCUCUGGAGGUUGCUGGCCGAGAGGCCAGGCUCGUCCUGGAGGUGGCACAGCAUCUUGGUGAGAACACUGUGCGCACCAUUGCCAUGGAUGGUACUGAAGGUCUGGUCCGUGGACAGAAGGUUUUGGAUACUGGAGCCCCAAUUAGAAUUCCAGUUGGUCCCGAGACUCUAGGGAGGAUUAUGAAUGUCAUUGGUGAGCCUAUUGAUGAGAGGGGCCCCAUCUCUACAAAGCAGACGGCACCUAUCCAUGCUGAAGCACCUGAAUUCACUGACAUGAGUGUGGAGCAGGAGAUUCUUGUUACUGGCAUUAAAGUGGUGGAUUUGCUGGCCCCUUAUGCCAAGGGAGGAAAAAUUGGGCUGUUUGGCGGAGCUGGUGUUGGCAAAACUGUGCUGAUCAUGGAGCUGAUCAAUAACGUGGCCAAGGCCCAUGGUGGUUACUCGGUGUUCGCCGGUGUAGGCGAGCGUACUCGCGAGGGUAACGAUUUAUACCAUGAAAUGAUUGAGUCUGGUGUCAUCAAUCUGAAGGACACCACCUCCAAGGUGGCGCUGGUUUACGGACAGAUGAACGAGCCCCCUGGUGCCCGUGCCAGAGUGGCUUUGACCGGACUGACCGUGGCUGAGUACUUCCGUGACCAGGAGGGUCAGGAUGUGCUGCUCUUCAUCGACAACAUCUUCCGCUUUACACAGGCUGGCUCUGAGGUGUCUGCCCUGCUGGGUCGUAUCCCCUCAGCUGUGGGUUACCAGCCCACUCUGGCCACAGACAUGGGUACCAUGCAGGAGAGGAUCACCACCACCAAGAAGGGUUCCAUCACAUCAGUGCAGGCUAUCUAUGUGCCCGCUGAUGAUCUGACUGAUCCCGCUCCCGCCACCACCUUUGCUCACUUGGACGCCACCACUGUAUUGUCCCGCGCCAUUGCCGAGUUGGGAAUCUACCCUGCUGUCGACCCCCUGGACUCCACUUCUCGUAUCAUGGAUCCCAACAUCGUCGGAGCGGAGCACUACGAUGUUGCUCGCGGUGUGCAAAAAAUCCUUCAGGACUACAAAUCCCUUCAGGACAUCAUUGCCAUCUUGGGUAUGGAUGAGUUGUCUGAGGAGGACAAGCUUACUGUGGCCCGUGCGCGUAAGAUCCAGAGGUUCCUGUCCCAGCCCUUCCAGGUGGCUGAGGUUUUCACAGGCCACAUGGGCAAGCUAGUACCCCUCAAGGAGACCAUCAAGGGCUUCAAGAGCAUUCUUGGAGGCGAGUACGACGCCCUACCAGAGCAGGCCUUCUAUAUGGUCGGCCCCAUCGAGGAAGUGGUUCAGAAGGCUGAGAAACUGGCUGAGGAGCACUCCUAA